ACCUCGAGUCUGCACCACCCGUCAUCAACCCACAAUACAAAGAAAUGCUCCGUUUCAAUUCCUUCCAACCCUAAUUUCUCUCUCCAAGGAAGAAGAAGAUACCCUCAAUUCCCUUCCCGUCUCUCUCCAAAAUGGCCUCUCUAACCCCCGGAAUCCUCCUCAGGCUCCUCCAGUCCAUGAACUCCACCACCAAAGUCACCGGCGACCACCGCAGCCCCCUCCUCCAGGUCAUCGGAAUCUUGCCCGCUCUCUCCGCCGCCGACUCCCUAUGGCCGCACAACGGAUUCUACGUCCAGCUCUCCGACUCUCUCAACUCCACCUACGUCUCCCUCUCCGACCGCGACACCGACCUCAUCCUCAACAACCGCCUCCAAUUAGGGCAAUUUGUGCACCUCGAUCGCCUGCUCUUCGACUCCCCUCCCGUCCCCACGCCCGUCAACCUCCGUCCCCUCGCCGGUCGCCAACCCUUCAUCGGAUCCCCUGAGCCCUUAAUUGCUCGGAUCUCCCCUAACAAAAACGGUUUCGUCAUUCAGCCGGUUUCCGACUCGGACCCCUCGGCCGACCCCAUCACUGCCUAUUUGUCGAGGGCGGGGAAGAAGGAGACGGAAGGAAAGGAAAAAUUCGCAGAGGGUAAGGGCAGCAGGCUAGUAAUUGCCCCCAAAAAAGAGAAUGUUAAUGUGAAUGUAGCUGCAAAUUGCGGAGAUGAAAGCUCUAAUAGUAGUAGAUCUGGAUCGGAUAAAAUUUCGCAGAGGUUCGCGUCGCCUGGGGCGCUGAAGCAGAGGCCGGUAUCGGCUGGGAGGAAAGCUGUGGCAGCCGAGAGGGAUCCGUCGCCGGCGGCCAAGUCAGGGAAGAGGUCCUCGUCGCCAGCUCCGUCGAAAUGUGUGGUGCCAAGCCUUGUGGUGGCUAAGGAGGAAAAUAGGAGGACGUCGAGGGAGCCUGCGAUAAUUGUACCAUCUAGGUAUCGGCAGCCAUCGCCGACUACUGGGAGGCGGCAGGCGAGCCCGGUGGUGGCGAGGAGGAUGUCGCUCUCUCCGGCUCGAAGGUUAUCCGGCGGGCUUAGGGCAUCGCCUGCAGUGGACUCCUCCGGGAGGAAGAAGAUGGCUAAUAUUGCUGCUGGAAUUUCCAAGGUUUCUGAAGCGCUUGUUGGGACUGGAAGACCUCCUAGUCGGAAGAAUUGGGAUGAUGGACCAGCAUCAGGUGGCAGCGGGGGCGGCUCUUCUGAACAUAAAGAAAAGACUCUAGCUAAGAACAAAAUCGAUCUGCAGGCUAUCUUGAGGACACAGGCUGCUAUAUCCAGGCGCUUAAGCGACGUACAUGAGAAAUCUGAGAGUCCGACAGAGAAACCAAAUGGUGCGGCGCCAGUGAUCACCAUCCAUGAAAAGAAGUGGACUGAUGGCAGUGUUUCUCUUGAUGCAGUUUCUUCAGGUCUUGCUAAACUUGGGAAGGAUGCUAUGCAGAGGAGAAGAAUUGCUUCAAUAGCUGCUGCUGAAGCUUUAGAGGAGGCCAUUGUGACCGAAUCUGUUGUCAGAAACUUGAGCAUGUUUUCUGAUCUAGUAGAAAUGUCAAAGCCUGAGAACCCACUGCCAACUAUUGACCGAUUCAUGUCCAUUUACGAGGAUGCUCUGAAAUCAACAGUAGAUGCCGAAUUGAUUUCCAGUAGCCACAGUUCAUCAAGAGCUACAGAUGCUACCUCGACAGAGCAACCAAAACCUAGCAAGCUUUGGGUGGAAGCUGCUCUGGCUACAAACCUUGAGGUAGUCUCCCUCCUUACAAACGAAGAAUUUGAUGGCUUAUCAAAAGUGGAGCAAAGUUCAAAGAAGAGACUCUCUAUUAGUGAACCUGUCAAGAAGCUCUCACCAUCAUCAGUGGCUGGAACUUGGACUCGAGGCAUGGGAAUGAAUGAAACUAUCGAACUUGGAAAGAAUCUGCAGUCUGAGAUGCAAAUGUGGUUCGUGAGGUUUGUUGAGGAGUCCCUUGAUGCUGGUUUUCGCGUGUUUGGAAAGUCCAGUCCUGCUGCCGGUGGUGGAGGUCUCGACUGUGGGCCUAUAGCUGCAAUUUUGUCUCAGCUGAAACGAGUCAACGACUGGUUGGAUCGCGUGGUCUCUAGAAGGGACGGGGUGCUGAUGGAGAAGACGGAGCGCCUGAAGGGAAAAAUUUAUGGGUUUGUCAUGUCAUUCCAGUAGGUAGCCUCUCUCACCUUCAAUUGUUCUGUGCUGUUUGUUGAUAAUAUUGAGGAAAUUCUUGUCUCCAAAACUUCAUCCUGUCAUUUUUUUUUGUUUACUCGGCAAUUUAAUCUUUGUAAAUUUGUGUUUGCGUAUAGGAAAAUUGGCUUCUCUGA